AUGGAGAAGACCUUUGGCUUCAGGAGUAAGAAGGGCAUCUCGCCCUUCGGCUCCUCCAUCAGCCCGGGGAGAGACGGCAGUCACAGAAUCAGCUUUCAGCCUGGGUACCGCAUCCGAGACAAGGACCUCAGAAAGAUCCACAAAGCUGCCAGCGUAGGCAACGUAGCUAAAGUGCAGCAGGUCCUGUUGCUCGGGAAGAGUGGCCUGAAUGACAAGGACAAGAUGAACAGGACUGCGCUCCACUUGGCCUGUGCCAAUGGCCACUCAGCGGUGGUAGCUCUCCUCCUGGAGAGAAAAUGCCUGCUUAACCUCUGUGACAGUGAAAACAAGACCGCGCUGAUGAAGGCCGUAGAAUGCCAAGAGGAGGAGUGCGCAACUCUCCUGCUGGAGCACCGUGCCGACCCAAAUGUCAGGGACGCCUGUGGCAACACCGCGCUCCACUACGCUGUCUUUGGCCAGAAUUUAUCACUCGCAGCAAAGCUGCUUUCCUACAACGCCCAUAUAGAAGCCAGGAACAAGGAUGGCCUCACACCAGUGUUACUUGCUGUACGUGAAAGGAGAGGAGAAAUGGUGGAGUUUUUAGUAGACAAAGAAGCUAGUGUACGUGCGGUUGACAAGAUGAAAAGAACAGCCCUCAUGCUUGCUAUCAAGCAUGAAUCACCAGAAAUAGCCAGACUUCUUCUUCAGCAAGGUGUUGACAUCUUUUCUCAAGAUGUUUUUGGAUGGACCGCAGAAGAAUAUGCUGCUGUUAGUGGUUUUAAUAUCUUUCGCCAACUGAUUUCUGAAUACAAAGAAAAGAGACCUAAAACUUCUCCUGCAAAGAGUGACCCAGCGGAUGAGAGUUCUGGAGAGGACUCUUCAAGGAGGUUUCCCAACGAACCUGGCGUUGAUUUAGGGCCUCCAUCAAACAAUGAAGUCUUAGAUUUUAAAACCAAGCAUGUCGUGAAACCAAAGUUGACAAAGCUCAUGAAGCCUUCUCAGCAGUCCAGCAGAAACAUAGAAGCAAAGUGUGGCAUUUUGAGACCAGAGAGUACCACCUUCUCUGAGGACAGUAAUUCUGAUAGUAACAUUGAAGAUGUGGGUGAAACAUUUCCCAAACCAUCACCCUGGUUUGAGGGCAUCUGUCAGCCUGCCUUCCCAUCACCUGAGCCUGUUCCAAAACUUCUCAAGUCUGUAGCAGGCCUUGGUCCUACAAAGUUGCAGGAAUCACAGGAUCAACAUAUAGAGGCCGUGAGAUGUGCUGAAAAACCACAGGAUCACAUCCAAAGACUUGAAAUUGAAAAUGCCAAGUUACAAACUACAGUCAAAAAGCAAGUGGACAAAGUUGAACAACUUCAGAAAACCCUUUCAAGUACAAGAUUGAUUGAUCAUCUUCCAGCAGAGCUGGGAGCUGGCUGUUCACAGUGUGUGCACCUGGAUGCAAUAUAUCAAGUUCUUCAACGGGAAUUGUUAUCAAUGAAAGGAUGGCAAAGGAAAUGUGAGAAACUAGUGAAAGAGCGCAGGAAGUUGGAGCAAGAAGUAGUGAAACUCCAAAGUUAUACAGAACUGAAGAUGAUAGAACACACUCAAGUUGAGCAGUAUAAAUGGGAGAUUGAAGAAAGAGCAAGGGAGCACCUCGUAGAGAAAUUGAAAGAAGUCAACCUAUUUUUGCAGACACGAGCAGAAUGUCAAGAAAUCUUAGAGCAGUUCCAAGAGGGGCAUAUUGCUUCCAUAAGAAGUCAGAUGGAACUCAGAAUUAAAGACUUGGAGUCUGAAAUAUCCAGGAUGAAAACUUUUCAAGAUUAUAAGAGAGCAGAGAUGGAAAAGUAUAAGAAACUCUACUUAGAGGAACUCAAAGUCAGAAAGUCCUUGGAAAAUGAACUAGACAAGAAUAAUGAGAGGCUGGCAGAGAUGAGCACCAAACUUGAGGUGGAGAAACAGCGGAAGAGAUCUUUACUCAGCACUCUCAGCAGCAGAUGUGGCGAGAGUUGGACAGGAGUAUAA